GAAUUUACGAGAAAACCUAAAAAACGAUACUUAGAAAAUAAUUAAUAAAAAGAGACUUAGAUAAAUAACAUCAAUAAUGGCCACGACAUUGGAACAACAGGUGAGUGGCCUAAAACUCGAGGAUAAAGGCCAUUUAAAGGGCAAACCCGACCCUUUAAAUGACCAGAAUAAGGAGGAAGGAGAAGCUAAGGAGAAUGGGAAGGAUGAAGGAGGGAAGGAAGACCAGGAGGAUGUGGCAAUCCUUACUAAUAUCCUAGAGAGUGACCCUUUCAAGUGUUGCCUCGGUGACCUGUGUCUAGUAGGUGACCCCAGCAAGAAAGAUGGCAACAAGAAGAUGGAAUACAAAGCUCGACAGUGGCAUGAGAAAUGUUUCUGCUGCUGUGUGUGCAAGACUGCUAUUGGCACCAAGAGUUUCAUUCCUCGCGAUCAGGAAAUCUACUGCGCCGCCUGUUAUGAGGAGAAGUUUGCUACCCGCUGUGUUAAGUGUAGCAAGAUCAUUACCUCUGGCGGUGUGACCUACAAGAACGACCCUUGGCAUCGUGAGUGCUUCACCUGCACCAACUGUGAUGCUUCCCUGGCUGGUCAACGCUUCACCUCCAGGGACGACAAGCCGUACUGCGCGGAUUGCUUCGGGGAGCUGUUUGCGAAGCGCUGCACCGCCUGUACCAAGCCCAUCACUGGCAUCGGUGGCACUCGCUUCAUCUCCUUCGAGGACAGACAUUGGCACAACGACUGUUUUAUCUGUGCCGUAUGCAAGGGAUCUCUGGUCGGGAAAGGUUUCAUCACCGACGGGGCGGAUAUCCUAUGCCCAGAGUGUGCUAAACAGAAGCUUAUGUAAACAAUACCUUUUCUUUUCUGCAGUGUUGCCAUAUUGUCCCCCUACCCCCCCCUUUCCCUUACCCCUUACACCCUCUCUAUACCCCCCCCCCUCCCCCUUCUUUUGGUUAUAUUGAGUUGAGGAUUUUAAUAACGCUUCGAUCGUGAUUCCGCGUUUAAACAGACAACAACAACGAUGACCCCAUGCUAGAGGUCUUUCUCUGGGGUGAGGCGAUGGUAAGCGGCGGAACCUCGAUUUAGCAGACCAGUACGUGAGAUGUUAGUCCGUUAGAUCGAGAAAGUCCGUUAUAUCGAGGUUCCGUCGUUUAUUUACCAGGGAAUAAACUCCAUCGCGUGUUAAUUUCCCACGAUGUAUAAUGUAUAGAUUGUAUAAACUGUGAAUAAAGAUCAUAAUUGUGUAACUGUGCCGAGAUAACAAAAAACAAAAGAAUCACAUGACUGUAUUUGUGUAUUACAGUGUUGUAUCAGGAUUACAAACAAACACACGGAUGAUAUUUUGUAAUACAGUGCAGGUUACAGUGCAGGUUACAGUUACAAACCCCUAAGUCUGUUUAAUAUUGUGAAUCAUUGAGAAUAUUAUUGAAUUUUUUUGCCAAUUUCAAUCUGUAAAAAAAAAAAAAAUUAUUAUAUAUUUGCAUAGCUUUUUUUUUUCACUAUUUACUAAGACAAUCUGCCUCGUCUGGUAACACUGCUGCCAAGUGCCUAAAUUCCUUUAAUAUUUUGCUUAACGGAUAAAAACAACGCGGAGGUAGACGCCCCCCUUUGCCGGGAGAUGGAUUGUGCGCUAAAUUCCCCCCCAGUCUAACCGAAGCGUUGUUUUGUGAUCUUUGACCCUGCGUGCUUUUGAGUAUUGCAGCUUAUCAUGAUGUUUAAAGGAAAAAAAAUACUUCGCUUAUAUAGAUUUAAACUUGAAGGAUAUUUAGUUACCUCUUAUAGUAUAGGACGAAGAGAUUUUGUAACAUUCUCAGUCUCGGGUGAACAGAAUUUGCAUCGUUCUCGGUCAUUGAUGAACAGAAAUUACACCGUUCAGUCUCCAAUGAACAGUCCUGAAUCCAUCUCUAGUUGGCGUCGGAGAGUAUUUGAGUAAUUCCUUUCAAUUUUAACCAGAUCGGAUAUGUUUGGUAGAUUCUAUUGAGCAUUGAAUAGAAUUUAAUAGACUUCAAUCCCUUUACCUAAAAGACUCAAACCUUAUUGGACCACAGAUCGAACUGAAACCCAUCGACACGAGAUCAAAUUCCCUUCACUUAUACUCGAGCGGUCACCACACACUCACUCACUCAAGCUUAUAUACAGUUACGGUAGAUCGGUGUUUGAAGCUCCACUCUCAUCCUGAGAUAAACGACUAUGAUGGUUUUUUUUUUCCAUUUCCGUACCUUGAGUGUUUGAAGGAAGAGAGUUAAUUGAUUUUUUCCAUAUCCCGGGAAAAAUAAAAUGUAAAUAAUUGUUUCGUAUGAGCUUUAUGGUAUAGGCAAUUUGUUUGUCUUCAGGCGGGGAGAAGAACUAUCGUAUAAAUCAAAUUCCUUUUUUUUUUUACUUGACAAAUAAUAAAAAAAAAAUCCUGUAUGUUCAUUUUUUCAUCGGGUUUAUCAAUGUUAAAUUUAUUUCCACAGGUCAUGUUGUAUUACCUGGUGUUGUUAACGACAUGAAUUAUAAUGUAUUAUUGUAUUAAUUAACUUAGAUGCCUUUUAUGCCUCGUGGAAUUGGGUUAUUUUUUUUUCUUA